UACAGUAAGUGCAUGCUGACAACUCGCCAGGGCCGCUGGCUGAUCUGAAAACAGUUUCAACCAUCCGUCAGCAAAAUAAAACUGGUGGGGAGCCAGCAGGUCGCGGCAGGCGAAGGCAUCAAAGCUCUGAUGUUGCAACGCCCCUGUGAAGGCAAUGGUCGGGAUUUAAACAGCGCGUGCACCUCUCCAGUAUCGCGUGCACCUUUUCCAGAAUCGCGUGCAGGAAAAGUGAAAGUGGAUCGUUGAGGACACCGCGCAUCCGAGCACUGGAUGUCCCGAACAAGCUGAGGAACAGCGCAACUUUAUAAAAUUAACUACAAGAAUAUCUGAGCAAGUCACAUCAUAGGACACAUGGUACGGAUUAUUUGUCCACUACCCAAAUAUUAACUCUAAUUUUGAUGGCAUCUGCCAACGAUACACGCCAGCAGACACAAAUCCAGAAGGAUGUGGCUGAUCAGAAUUUUGACUACAUGUUCAAGCUCCUCAUAAUUGGGAACAGCAGCGUGGGAAAAACCAGUUUCCUGUUCCGGUACGCUGAUGACUCUUUUACAUCAGCCUUCGUCAGCACGGUCGGCAUUGACUUCAAAGUCAAAACGGUUUACCGUAAUGAAAAACGUGUAAAACUGCAGAUAUGGGACACGGCAGGACAGGAGAGGUACCGCACCAUAACUACAGCAUAUUACAGAGGAGCAAUGGGCUUCCUGCUAAUGUAUGACAUUACUAACCAAGAAUCCUUCUACGCUGUGCAAGACUGGGCAACACAGAUUAAAACAUAUUCAUGGGACAAUGCACAAGUGAUUCUGGUGGGAAACAAAUGUGAUUUAGAGGAUGACAGACUGGUGGCUGCAGAAGACGGACAAAGACUGGCUGAUGAACUAGGCUUUCAGUUUUUCGAGGCAAGCGCAAAGGACAACAUCAAUGUAAAGCAAGUCUUCGAGCGAUUGGUUGACAUCAUCUGUGAUAAAAUGAACGAAAGCUUGGAUGGAGACCCAAAUAUGUUAAACAACCACAAAGGCCAGAGUCUGCAAGACACGCCCCCCGAUGGUCAGAAUGGCUGCGGAUGUUAAAGACCUCAUUCAUUCAGCAAACACAUACUUGAAGGCGGACAUUCUCACACAAACACAUAAACACACAAACACAGAAAGAGACUCUCUUUCACAAGCAUACUCCCAUAUACAGUAUGAAACGAGUAAGAAUCAGGUAUGUGUCCUUAAUUAAUCUGAUGUAGUAUCACUUUUCAGUUAAUUAUGCCCCUCAGGGAUUGAAAGAAUUUUCCUCAACGAGAUGGCUGCUAUUAUACUGAACUAUAUUGUAACCAUGAGAAUGGGCAGGAAAACACAGCAUGAAACUAGCAGGAAAUGGGAUUUAUAUGCCAAAGUCUCUGUUGGACCCUCCGUUGUCUGUUUUCAAUUUAAAUCAUAUGUGUUUCAUUGGUGGUUCAAGUGGAUUUGAAAUGUUUGAUUGUUUUAAUGAAUGCAAGGUUGUUUUCCUCAAACAUAAAUAUUUGUUAAACAUAUGUUGGUCUGGUUUGGUAAUAUUUGAAAGUAUGAUUGCCAAUAUUUGUUUCAAAGUUUGUUCUCAAGUAAGAUACCAUUUGCUUUUAAUGCAAUAAAUUUGCGCUCCCAUGGACACUAAA